CACCUACUUCACCUCGUUCCAUCGCGAUUGAAACCACGCGUGUCGUUCAGUCUUCGUCGCGGACAUCCAUCCUAGCAAUCUGCCCAGACUAUAUCCCCCCAAUCCUCGUAACAAAGACGCCGUGCGACCUUCUUGGACGAUACUCACGCCUCUCCACUCGAACACCACCUCAUCCACGCGCAUACACCUCACGAGCACCUCCACUGGAAUAGCGACGACUCCACCGAGUCUCUCCUCCCCCUUUCUCCCCUCCUCGGAGAUAUUCCGAGCUUCGUCGAAGCACCUUAAACGCCGUGGACCGCAGUGUUCCACAGCCGGUGCCUCAUCGAAGCUACGCGAAUAUCUCUGCCGCGCCUCUCCCUCCUCCUCUCAUGAGUAAUCUUCUGUGGAAGGCAUACUACGAAGAUGAUUUCGACGCCUUCCAGCGGCUGUUGGAGGGUGCGCCCGCGAAUACACGACCGUAUGGCGGAAGAGGUGGCGUGGCGGGACCGGUGAUUGGCAGUCCUGGACAGGUCGCAUCGUCGCCGACAGUACUUCUGAAGGGUCGCAAGUCCUUGGGCCCUCCCACGCCAUCUAGUGGUGGUCAUGCCGCUGCGCUGACAAAGGGCGAUAUCAAUGCGCGCGACGCUUUUGGCGCGACGUUGCUGCAUUACGCUGCUUCGUCGACCGCGGACAACGCGAUUGACUUCACCACCGCGCUUGUCGAGCAUCCCUUGAUCGACCUGUACGUCCAAGACUACGAAAGCGGCUGGACUGCUCUCCAUCGGGCCUUCUACUUCGGCAAUGUGACUAUUGCGCGGCUGAUGCUUGAGCGCGAUGCCGGAGAUGCGGUUGGAGAAGUCACCGGCCACGUCCAUUCGACCGUUGGUCUGAUCAAGGUUAAAGAUCGAGAUGGCUAUGGACCUCUUGACUUGUACGCGGCGAUUAUCAAGGAUCGCACGUUGAGAACCGACACCACUGGCCGCGCGCGAUCUGGUUCUGGUCACAGCGACGAUGAGCGCAUGGUGGGCGAUACUGGCGAUGCAGACCACAAGAUGCAAAUUCCCUUCAACAAUGUCGAUUGUGAUCAACUUUUCACUUUCGGCAGCAACAAGAAUGCCACGCUUGGGUUCAGCAAUGAAGAUGAUCGACAAUUCCCCGAGCGGAUCACUUUGCGCCGUCCAGAGGCCCUUUUACGUCGAAUGUACUCGGAGCACUUGGAGCAGCAUGACAAGAAAUGGUCCCAUCAUGAUCCCAGCCAUCGGAGCAAGCACGCGGAUAUCGAUGUGUCCGAAAUGUGGGUGGAAGAUAUUCCAUGGGUCAUCCGAAGCAAGCCGCUUGUCGUUCAAGACGUGCAUAUGGCGAAGUUUCAUUCCGCCGUGCUGACCGCCGAUCCGGAAUCGAAUCUAUACCUGUGCGGACACGGUCCGGGUGGCAGACUUGGUGUUGGCGAUGAGCGGACUCGCUACAAUUUCGUCUGCGUCAACUCGGGUGCCCUGGCUGGAAAAAGAGUGGUGGCAGUGGCUCUCGGGCUGAACCACACUCUGGCCCUUUCCAGUGAAGGAGAGACCUUCAGCUGGGGCAGCAAUGCGCAUGGCCAGCUGGGAUUGAGUCUGCCCAAGUCUCCGACAGGCGAGGAUGAUCCUAUUAGCACCGUCCCCAAGCAACUGUUCGGGACGCUGAAGCGUGAAACCGUGAUUGGGAUUGCAGCCUCUCGGCAUCAUUCUGUUGCGCAUACAGGGUCCUCGCUGUUCACUUUUGGCAAGAAUGAGGGCCAGCUGGGGAUCGUGGACUCCGAUGCUCGCUCUUUGGAAGUUCAGACCACGCCUCGCAAAGUUGCUGCCUCGCUGUUCGCCUCAAACAUCACCUCCGUCUCGGCCAUGGACAAGGCAACAGUCUGCCUCCUCGAAAGUCAUGAGGUUUGGAUCUUUGCGAAUUACGGCUACACGAAAGUCCAGUUUCCUCUCGACGGGUUCAGUAAUUACUUCUUGCAGAAGAGCUUCCGAGUCACGACGUACGACAAUACGCCCAACCGGAUUGUCAAGCUGACUUGUGGAGGGGAUACGGUGUGUGCCCUGUCGAGUCGUGGCGAGAUUUACACGGUAUCUAUUAGUGCGCGAAUGGAGAACCCUCCAAGCUCCUCCACGACAAACCCAAGCAAGAUCCGCAGUGCCAUUACACAGCCUCAGCGAGUAUGGCAACCAAAAAAGAGCAACAUGGCGGCACGGGACGUCGGUGUCGAUGCGGACGGAUCCAUCAUUCUCUCCACGGAGGAAGGAAGUGUAUGGAAGCGGACCAAACGUGCCAAGAUCAAGGAUGCCACCGCUUCCGGGGCGAGCGACUACAAACCCAAGGAUUACAAGUUCUCCCGCAUACCAGGCCUGACUCGCGUCUUGGCUGUGAGAGCGUCUUCCCACGGUGCUUACGCUGCAGCAAGGCGUGACUGUAAUGUGCUGAAGACGCAGAUUGCCGUGGACGAGCCGAGGCUGCACAAAGACAUCUUCUCUCUUCUGUCUCUCAGAGGUCUUGAAUACGAGCCUGGAAAACCACUGCGAUUCUGGCAAGCUCAGAGCAAUUCGAAUGAAGUCCAAACUCUCCGGCGACGCAUUCUGCAAAGCAAAGACAUCGAGGGAGAGCUCCAAGAACUGCAGGAGCAAAUGCUCACGAACCCCAACACAACCUAUGAUGCGUUGAUAUCUACGACAACCUCAGAUGUGACGAUCCCCAUACAUCGCUUUGUCUUGACUGGGCGGAGUCGGACGAUGCGGCGCGGGUUCCGAGACCUCUGCGAGACGAGCACCUUCACCGUCCCAGAUUUGUGCGUGUCCGAGAUUGACAAAGACGGUCGGGCAAUGGUCAAGUUCCAAGGCCUUGACAUCUUGACUAUCAUCGAUCUGGUCGUAUACCUAUACACCGACAGUCUCGUGGACUUUUGGCACUUCACCCGCAAUGCACCAAGCAUGGCUCACCGAUACCGUCAAGUUCGAACGGAGCUGAUGAAGAUUGCCACGAAAUUGGACUUGCGACAUCUCGAACCCGCCGCUCGACAAAUGGUGCAACCGGUCUACUGUCUCGACAUGGAUUUUGCGGUCGCCUUUCAAGAUCCCGCCUUUUUCUACGAUGGAGACUUCACCAUUCAGUUGGAAGAUGAAGACAUUCGCGCACACAGCUGGCUCUUGCGGAAGCGCUGCCCUUUCUUCGAGGGCUUGUUUAUGGGUCGUGCCGGGGGACGUUGGGUAGAUGCUCGCGACAAUGAUGACGAGGUUCAUGUCGACCUGUCGCACAUCAACUCGAAGACGUUCCGAAUGGUGCUGCAGUGGAUGUACGCGGAUUGUGGGGAAGAGCUUUUCGACGACCUCGUCAGCGUCAGCUUGGAUGACUUCCUGGAUGCCGUCAUGGAUGUCCUCAGUGCCGCGAAUGAGCUCCUCCUGGACCGCCUGUCGCAGAUCUGCCAGGCUGUCAUGGGUCGUUACGUCAACGUUCGUAACGUAUGCGGCCUACUCAACGCCAUCUCCCCGAGCUCUGUCCACGCCUUCAAAGACGCAGGGCUGGAGUAUCUAUGUCUCAGUCUGGAAGCGAUGCUGCAAGGCCAUCAUCUCAACGAAUUGGAAGAAGACUUGCUGCUGGAGCUGGAUGCAGUUGUUAGAAGCAACCAGCUUGCUUGCAUGCCUUUCGCAAAGAGUGGAUUUGCUGAGGAGUCACUUCACGAGCGGCAUCCAGGUCUUGCUGAUGCCAUGGAGCGCGGUCGCCAGGCGAGAUUGGACGCGUUGACGUUGCGUGCGAAAUACGCCAAUCUCGAACGUCAACCCCUGGGAGGCUUCGAUGAAGAGAUGACUUCACCGCUCCAGCAAAAGGGGCGUGGAAAGCCUACAGCACGCACUAUCCACGAUGCAUCUCUGCCGUCACUCAAGGGGAAGCAGUCGUCGAAAGACAUGAUGUUCGCAAUGGAUGAAGAGGUGGACCUUGCUGUCCACUCUCCAACUCCAUCACCGUCGAUUCGCGCAAUGGCCAAGGGCGCCGAACAUGAAGUUAUCCCUUCAAGCCUGCCAGAAGAAGUCUGGUACGAUUCCCGAGGCAAAGCUCUACCGUCGCCUACGAUCCAGCCGCAGACCGUAACGCCAGCUGGUACAACACCCAAAUCGCCUGCGCUCCGAGCUGGCAAGACUCCGCCUACGACGGGCCAACCAUGGAGCUUGACUCCACUCUCCGCCCACCCCAAAGUCGAUAUGAAGGCGAUUAUGGAAAACGCAGCUUCCAAUCGGACUUCAUCCUUGUCUCAAGGCCUCGCUAGUGCCAAUUUCACAGCCCUCGAUGCAAUGUUGCCGCAGAAGGCUGGCGUGGCUAAGAUGUCGCAGAAGGACCGGAAACGACUUCAGCAUUCUGCCGUUGACACCGCAACUGCACCAGAGGAUGUGAAAGGGCCGGGGACGCCGCCUGUAUCAAGUGCAAAGCCGGGAUCCGCAUGGCAGACCAUUCCGACGCAAAAGCCAGUCUCUGUGAAAGACGUGCUCGGCAUGGAAAGCCCGGCGUCAAAGAACAGAUCGCCGAACCCGCGAACCCCGAGUACCCCGCAACUCACCAUGAGACAGACAAUCUCCAACCCCAAACCAUCGAAUGGACUGCAGACACCCAUCAUCUCCCCUUCAGGUCAAAACUCCCUGCCCCGCCGUGAACUCCCCGAUCCCAAAUCUCCCGCCCAAGCGAAAUCUCCCUCCUGGCAACAACAAAGCCCAGCCCCAAGCAGCCGAUCCAUCCCCCAAUCCAUCCGGCACCGCCCCGCAGUUGCAGACCCCAGCGUGCUAGGCUUGUCCAUGUCCGAGAUUGUCGCGCAGGAGCAGCUUGCCAAGGACUUCAUCAAGGAGGCGGCGGCCAAGCGCGAUUUGCAGGAGAUUCAGGCGGAGCAGGAAUUUGAGGAGUGGUGGAGUAAGGAGAGUGCGAGGGUGCAGGAGGCGGAGAGGAGGGAUGCUGCUGCUGUUGCUGCCGGGAAGACGUCGCGGGCGAGGAAGGCUAAGAGUCGGGGGGCACAGGGUGGUGGUGCUGGGGGAAAGGCGAAAGGUGAGAAGAGUAGUGUUGUGUAAUGGAGGUCGAUGUUUGUUUUCGAUGUACAUACUUUUGCUUACCUACCGCAUAUGUGCGGCUAUAGAGAUUUAGAUCUUUGCAUCUUGUUUAUGAGUCGUCCGAAUCACAUUCUCGAUGAGGCUUCCCUACGAGCUUCGAGUGCACAGCUGUUUGAUCUCGCAGUUACACAAGACGAG